CCCUUUUCCAUUUUCCCUUUGCUCUUGACUUGAAACUAAUCACAGAAGAAGCAAAAGGUCCCGAUGGCGUCUCACCACCACCACCACCCUAACCCCGCCGUCGCCGCCGACUGCUGCCGUCCUCAUACCUGUUGUUGCCAUCCUCCUCCACCGCCGCCGCAGCAAACCCAUCUGUAUCCCUCAUGUCAUCAAUAUCCAUCUUCUCAAGUCGAUCUAUACCACCAUCUGGAAUUGGAAGCUCAAAGUUACCCACCUCCGCCGAUCCGUCAUUCUCAACAACAAUUCAUUCACCUGCGUCGCAAGCCCACGCCGGAGGAGACCCAUCCCAGCGUAUCCUCUCUCAUCCGCCGCAUUGCCGCUCUCGAAUCUUCCCUCCUCCGACAUCGUCUCUCAUCCGCUCCCGUCUGGAAUCUUCGUGAUAUCGCAGCUCGUACGAUCCAGACUCACUUCAGAGCAUUCCUUGCUCGUAGAUCAAGAACCCUGAGUCAACUCAAAGAACUCGCUUCCAUCAAAUCGGCUCUGCACUCUCUCAAAGACUCAACUUCAGGAAAUGCUCAAUUCGAUCCUAAGUUAAUUUCUCGCAAGUCCAUGGCUUUGCUUCAGAAACUUGAAUCCAUCCAGGGCGGUGAUCCGAUGAUUCGAGAUGGUAAACGAUCGAUUAACAGAGAUUUGAUCAGGUUCAUGGAUUUAAUCGAUAGGGUUUGCUUUAAAAGGGUUGUAAGAUCCACCACUCAACAUCAUCGUGGUAACAACAACUCUAGGGUUUACUCCCGCGUUGAUGCCGGCAAAUUGUCUGAAGAUGGUAGAGAGUUAAGAGGAAGGUCAAACGGCCCAGCUGAUAAAACUCGUCGCUUCGUCGGGGGAGACGAAGAAGGUUGCGACUUUGACAUUGGGGAUCAUCCGGUUAAGGGAUUACUGAAGAGGGUCGGUGGAGGUGAAAGCAAAGUGAAGAAAACUGUUACCUUUGCUGAUGAUAAUGGGAAGCUUUACAGGGCUACCAUAAUCCCACGAGAGACAAAUUCGAGUGGAGAAGAGGAUGAUGAUGAUGAGAUUGAGCUUGUAGACAAUCUUGACAGGAAACUGGAAGCAAUAGAAGGAGGGAGCGAGGAAGAUGAAGCUGAAUUGGAGGAAGAAGAUGAUGAAAAUUAUAAAGAUGAUUUAGUGUUUUCUGCUCCAUUGCCAGUGAAGAUGGAUCGAAGAGGUGAUCUGAUGAAGAAGAUGAAGAGGAAUGCUGCAGGCAAUGAAAAUAGGUGAUGAUUGAUGAGAUGAUGAUUUUAAUAAGAAAAAUUGUUGUGAUUUUGGUGUUUUGUAUUGUAGGUCCCAAUUUUGAACCCCUUAUUGUUAUUGUGGAAUAAUUAAUUGUAACAUUUCAUGUCUAAUCUAAUUGAAAUUUGAUA